CUUUUCAGAAAAAUCUUCGUCCUCUCGUUCAUUGAUUGCCGUCACUCCCCCUACCGUUGUGCCACCUCCUACGAUAGUUGUUUGGUACUGGUCCAUUGCUUGAAAAUAAUUUUUGCGACGUGCUUGACCUUUUUUAGCUCCUCUGUCUGCACGAGCAAUGAUGACCCCAACUCUACGAAAACCAUCCUUACUGCAUAAAGACGAAGAGAGUUAUCAAGUCGUUCGCCUUUCCUGAUACGAUUUGCUCUUCUGGACUCUGAUUUUGAAGCAUUCUCAUUCUUUUCGUCCGUCAUUGCAGUUGUACCCAUUUGUGUGGCUUCUAUAAGUCUGCUUGCUCCUUCUGUUGAUUCCCUUCUAGAUAUAGCUUUUUCUUUUGAUUCUUUUGAUUCUUUUGAUUCUUUUGAUUCUCCUCUAGUCUUGGCUCCUUCUUUUGAUUCUCUUUUGGAUCUGAUUACUUCCCUGGAACCUCUUCUGGAUCUGGUUACUUCUUUCGAUUCUCUUCUGGAUCUGGUUACUUCUUUGGAUUCUCCUCUCGAUUUUGGUUCCUCCGUUUUCGUUUUCUCUUUCGAUCUACGGCCAGCUUCCUUGGAUUCCUCUUUCUCCCUAGAACUCGUCCUAGGUGGCAUCUCUUCUGCAAAAAAAAACCGUUUCAACCAAUACCCCUAUGGACUCAGUAUACAGCUUGCUAACAGCCUAAACAGCUGCCGAAACUUUCGGGUAAUGCCUUUUAUACACACUGACUGA